ACCAGAUGCAUAUAUUCAUUUCAGUCUACCAUCACUAGAAACGAAAAUUCAUUAGAAAUUAAGAGAUGGGUUUGAUUUAAAGAGCCAAGAAGAGUGUGAGCAUACUUGAUGAAGCAGGACUUGUUUAAUCAAUUACUGUGGGCAUCCGGAAGUUUUGUAUUGAUACGAUUAAACAUACUACUGUGAUGGGUCGAUUGUUAGCCUAUAAUGUGAUUUUGCUGCUAUACGUUUGUGGUUCUGUCAUCGGUGCUGUAUCUGUUGACCAAGAAAAAAUGGUUUAUAGCAAAGUCCUGAAUGUGGGGGAGGAGCUUUGCGUGAAACCUUACCUUUGCAAAUGGGUUCUCGCCUGUACCGAUUGAAUGGACUCAAAUCAUCAACUUGGUAUGAAGUGAAGAUAUUAUAUCCAGCUUCUAUUCCCGCCAGCUUUUCCAUUCAACUGAUAAGAGACAAAUCAUAUAUUGAGCACAACUGGAACAGACGAUUACUCAACGCAGAGAAACUGAUUUUUAAUGCUCACAGUAACGAUAUUCCUGACCACCAGAGUUUGGAUCAAAGUGAGAAAUAUGUUUUUGUAUCUGUGGAGCCUGCUGGAGUUGUUGCAAUUCCUGGCGUAAAUGAGAGGGAACUAGUCUUAUUUAACAUAGUUUGUGAUGAGCUCUUACUUGGGAUCCCACACAAAGAUGUCUGGGUUGGAGUGCUGGUGUUUGUAUGUUUAGGGGUUGCAUGCAUUGUUCCAUCUUUUCUUCCACCAUAUUUACUUGUGAGGAAACAAAAAUCAUAACUUUCAAUCAGCUAACUCAUGUUUCCAAGAACUGUUAAAUUUGUUUGUAAUCUGCUCUCAAUUUUCUCUAUAGAUCACACUUCAUUGGGCUUAAGAGGCUCCUCUUAAUCGUCUUACAUAAGUUACAUUAUUUGUCAUUCCUUCAUAGCAUUUUGUACCUCAUGUCAGUCCAAUGGAUAUGCCUAGUAAUUUAAUUUUACUGAACCAUAAUAGUGAA